CAUUGUGUUACGAAAGGGCAGUAUCGGAAAAACUUCUAAUAGUUAACGUGUGAAAAUAAGCGAGUUUGGGUAUCAGCAGCUUCCACAUAAUAAACGUUUCCGUAAUUACUGAUAAUAGCAGUUGAAAAAAAGUGAGAUGUCAUCAUCAUUGUCUUCAAACAUUAGCAAGCAGCAAAUUAAACAACUGCCAACAUUGGAGGAGCUUUUGCAAACAGCCAAAGAGACAUUCCGUCAAAAUUUUGGCGUAGAGCCAGAGCUUGCCUGCUGUGCACCGGGACGUGUUAAUUUGAUUGGUGAACAUGUUGACUACAAUGAUGGUUUUGUUUUGCCGAUGGCUUUGCCUAUGGUUACUCUCAUUGUUGGAGGUCAACGUGUUGGAAAUGAUGUCGAUUUAAUUACAUGCUGUACCGAUGUUGAUGAACCGAAGCGUGUCAAAUUUCGUUUGUUCAGUUUAAAGCCAAGCGAGAAACCUAAAUGGUCCAAUUAUGUGAAAGGUGUUAUUCACUAUUUUAUGGAGGAUCAUGGAGAAAUGCCAUUUGGCUUUAAUGCGGUCAUUGUGAGUAAUGUGCCGGUGGGAGCCGGUUUAUCGUCUAGUGCUGCCAUUGAAGUGGCCACAUUGACAUUUCUGGAACAUUUUACAGGCCACAAGCUACCAAAUGAUGCUAAGCGUGCUUUAAUUUGCAAAGCAGCUGAACAUAACUUCGCUGAAAUGCCUUGUGGUAUUAUGGAUCAAACUAUAUCGUUGUGCGGUAAGAAGGACUGCGCUUUAUUAAUAGAUUGCUGUUCUCUGGAAAUGUUCCAAAUUCCAUUUGUUGCCGGUGAAAAGGAUCUGGUGGUUUUAAUUUGCAAUUCAGAUGUGCGGCAUGAGUUAUCCGACAGUGAAUAUCCAACAAGACGCAAACAAUGCUUACAGGCACUCAACAUAAUGGCACUGAAGAGCUAUAGAGAUGCAACAGACGAAGGCAACUUGUCAGCUUUAAAGGCCAACCAUUGCGAUGAGGUGUUGCUGAAACGAGCACGACAUGUCAUUACGGAAAUCAAGCGGGCACAAGAGGCUGCCAUCGCAUUAAAAGCUCACGAUUUUAAAAAGAUGGGUGAACUAAUGACAAAGUCACAUAUGUCACUACGUGAUGAUUUUCAAGUGUCGUGUCCGGAACUGGAUGUACUCGUUGAUGCGGCCAUUAAUUGUCCUGGUGUGUUGGGAUCACGUAUGACGGGCGGUGGUUUCGGUGGCUGCACAGUAACACUCGUACAACGCAAUGCUCUUGAUAAUGUUAUUACCGCAAUAUAUGAGAAUUUCAUCAAGAAAUUUAAUAAAAACGCUGCCGAACGUAUCGAAUUUUAUAUUUGUACACCAAGCGAAGGAGCCAAAAAAUUGUCAUUAUAAUGAAAAGCUGACAAAAGUGCAGUAAAAGAAAAAUAAAUGAAA